CACUUCAUUCAUUAUUGGCCAAGAUGUUUCGCGUUAGAGCUCAGUAUUUUUGGCUUUUGGGAUUUAUUUCGCUUUUUCUUGGUGUCGCCUUCUUUUCAAAAGAUCUGACAUUUUGGAAAUUCGACAGCCGAACCUCACUGAUUAAAGGUAUACGGUCUUUUGAGAAAAAGCAAAUGAUAUGCGUGGAAGUAGAAGAAGAAGUGUUCUAUAAAAAUAUUGGGAUUUUUUUACAAUCAAAAGAUGAUCAGCAGAAACAACCGCCGAAAUCAGAACCCCAAGGCAACAAACCGACAGCACAGAAAGUGGUGCUGACUACCCAUCCUGACGUUCAGAAAGGUAACAAUCAAAAGAACACUCCUGUCAGCAAUCACACGACAAUAAAAAAGCCUUAUGUAGUAAAGGACUUCACUUUCUAUCCCGUAUGGCCCGAUGAAGAGGAGUAUCAUCGUGACCCUGUGGUGGAAAGUCGGAACUGCCCGGUAAAUCUAAGGAAGUCGGAGGUGAGUUGGUUUAAGGAAGCCUUCCUCCCCGAUGUCGGACUCUUCAUGCACAAAGAACAUUUCAAUGAGAAGGAGUGGAGGAGGCUGGAAAAGUUUAAUCCUCCAUACGGAUGGAUGGGGGCCGACUACAAAGAUGUAAAGGAAGCUGUGGAAGUGAUACCUAGCUUAACUGAACAGAAGCUCUUGCUGACUCCUACAAGCAAGGAUGGCUGCAUCCGCUGUGCCGUAGUGGGCAAUGGUGGAAUCCUCAAUGGGUCUCGGAAGGGGCAAGAAAUUGAUUCUCACGAUUAUGUCUUCAGGGUGAAUGGUGCAAUAAUCAAAGGAUUUGAAAAAGACGUUGGUUCAAAAACUUCAUUUUACGUCCAUACGGCACACACAAUGACAGCCUCACUCUACGUCUAUAAGAAGAACGGCUUUACCAAAGUGCCAGUGGAUAAGGACACAAAGUUUAUUCUGCUCCCAGAAGGUCGUCGGGAUUACGAGUGGAUGAAAGCCCUCUACCAGAAUACAACGGUUUCUAAAGGGCACUUUCACAGAAAACGGCCAGCCACAUACUUUGGUGAUCACUUCACAAUGGACAAGUACUUUGUCAUUCAUCCUGAUUUCAGCAGAUAUCUGAAGAACAGAUUCUUUAAGUCUAAAACUCUGAAAGGCAAAAGCUGGGCCAUCUACCGACCAACGACUGGUGCAUUUGGCUUGAUGUUGGCACUUCACGUGUGUGAUGUGGUCAACGCUUACGGGUACAUCACAGAGAACUAUAAGAGCUAUUCCGACCAUUACUAUGAUACAGAGUACAAAAAGACCAUCUUCUAUUCAAAUCACGACUAUGGGCUAGAGAUCAGGUUGUGGAAGAUGUUUCAUGAUGCAAAAAUUUUCAACCUCUACCACAAGAGUUGAAGACAAGCAAGGAGAGGAAUGUGCCUUUUCCUUUGUCAAAAGGAGAGAAAAAAAUUGAAAAGAGGGCUCCAUGAUGCCCUCGAUUUAGGUGUACCCACUGCAACUUUUCAUUUCUUCAGUUUUCCCGACUUCAUUCAUCUAUUUUAAGAGCUUUGUUCUGUUUGAAUAUUUAGACUAAAGUUUGCGUUACAGUUGAUCUUCUUCUUCUUCUUUCGGCUACUCCCGUUAGGGGUUGCCACAGCGGAUCAUCUUUGUUGUCCGCAUAUUGAUUUGGGUAAAUUUUACACCGGAUGCCCUUCCUGACAGAACCCUCCCCAUUUAUAUCAGCCAUAAUUAAGGAUGAACUCAUCACGCAGGACACAUGGAUCUUUAUUUACAAAUAUCAGAGUUAUAUAGCUUUUUGAAUAGAUGAGUCAGCCCAAACCAGAAAGCCAUAACUGUAUCUCUGUAACUCUCUAAUUCUAUAACUGUAUCUCAUGUCAAGACUGUGGGUAUAUAAUCCAAAAUAUCGCAUAUUAGUAAAUUGUGUAAGCCACCAUAUGAGCCCUCUGCCACCCAUCCAGUGGUGACCUCUGCAUCAGGACUCUCCAACAUCACCGUGAUGCUUCCAACACUGGACAUUCUGAAUCGACGUGACUGUACUGACUGUACUGAAUAAGGGUUCAUGCUAACUGAGUGAGAGAUUUCAUUUUUUUAAAUACAUUUUUUAUUAAAUUUCCAAACCUUUCUGAAAACACAUUUUCACUCUGUCACUAGGGGUUAUUGAGUGUAGACUGACGGGCACAUAAAAUGAAAUCUACAACACAAUAAAGUGUGCUGAAAGUGAAAGGGAAGGGUCUCAAUACUUUCCAAAUA